CCCAAUAAGUAUUACAAUAGGCGUGAUUCCGAAGGAAGACGUUGUGCAAUGAUGAGAAUAUGUGGCCUAUUUUGUCUAGUAUACCUUUUUGGGACAAUAGAUGGCUCUAAGCAUAGAAUAAGGUCAUCUAACCAAAUGACGGCCGCGGUCCCAGUCGAUCUACGUCGGCAUCCAAGAACUGAUGAUGGCUCACAACGUCCAUCACCUGACGCUCAACGCCAGCCGGACUUGAAGAGUCCCCAACUUGAUCUGAAGCUUCACAAGUCAGACUCUAAGCGGCAGCAGACGGACUUACAGCGUUACCAGAACAUGUUAGAACGAGAACACCCACGCAACAAUACCCGCCGUCGCCCCCACAAGGAGAAGGAUAUCGCCCGCAUCCGCAACAACCACGACGUGCAAUACUCAGUGAACAGCCAGUUCGUUCGCAGCGGCAACCUUACCGACACCAUCAACUACCCUUAUAUGGCCGCUGUCAUGAUUAAUGGGAGACUGUGGUGCGCUGGCGCGAUUGUGGAUGUCGGUUGGGUGCUGACGGCGGCCCAUUGUCUUAACUAUGUGUUGUCAGUGCUCUCCGUGAAACAGCUGAACCGCUACGUGAAAGUCCGCGUCGGCAGCAUCAAGCCGCACGAGGGAGGGGAGUUGGUGGAAGUCACUGGCGCCGUGAGGCAUCCCAAGUUUGAGGAAGAGCCGGUACCCCAUUAUGACAUCGCGUUGUUGAAGCUGCAGGAUAACCUUGAAUUCUCGAAGUACAUAAACCUGAUUCGAAUCUACGACGGGACGCGCGAGCCGUUCGCGCAGAGUUUCGUCAACGUGGCAGGAUGGGGGGCUAACACAGGUUCAGAAACAGCGUUCCGCGAGCAUACAUCGAACAUGCUCGUGGCUCGGCUGAAGGUCCGCACGCGCCAUUACUGCGAGGACGCCUACCAGCUGGUCAGCGGGUUCCAGUUCGGUGAAGACAUGUUUUGUGCGUCGCUGAGGAACGGGACUAGGGACGCUUGUCUGUUUGAUGCCGGAGCUCCAGCAGUGCAACACAAUGCUCUGAUGGGCAUCAUGAGCUUCGGGCCUGAGCGCUGUGGCGGCAUGCAGCCCGCGGUCUUCAUCAAAGCCUUAUUCUUCAGGGACUUCGUGAAACACACGAUAGUAAGCUACAAGACGACAAGCGAAAUAAUCGAGGCCAUGAAAGAAGCGGAGAGCGCCCCGCGCCCGCCCAUGAUGGAAAUAUAUACGCCAAGCAAAUAGCGGAUCAUUUGGCAGUAUAUGUACGAAGUAAUAAAGUUCAGUUUACUAUUG